AUGACCACCACAAGAAUGAAAACAAUUUGGGAAUAUAAAUACUGUCACAAGCAAAAAACAACUGAAUUCUUUAGCAAAUCUGCUUCGUCAGACAUCUGGCAAAAAUACACUUUUUACUCGUUAGUCGAUAAUCCAACAACAUUUCAUACACAAGAAACACUGUAUUCGUUUACCGAUGCCAGUAAAGAAUGUGAAACGCUGCAACAGAAUGACUAUCUUGUGAAAGUGGCAAAUGCUGUAGCGUACUUUGGCGAACAAUAUAUAAUAAAAGACUUAAACAACUAUUGUGAAACUGAAGUGAAUGAACCAAAUUAUCGUGUACAACAGUUCAUAAAAUGGCACGACGUUACGUACUAUAUCCGUGGUCAUAAUAUAUGUGAUGCACCUUAUUGGAAACAAAAGCAACAAGUUUAUAACCAGAUACGUGUUAUUGCCGAAGAAAAGGGUAUACCUUCUCGAUGCUGGAAGACUCUUAUACGACUCUACCAGAAUAGAAACAGUGUUUGUCAUGUACCAGCAAAUGUUGCAGAUGCAGAGAGUAUGAAAGACUAUGCUGAUAACUCGAAUGAUAGAGAUGAAAGAGAGAGUGUAGAGUAUUUAUAUAACUUGGUACUUAAUGCACUUCGAACAAGUAGAAGAGGUCGAUAG